CUUUAUAUAGAGUACCUACCACAAACCCCUGCUGCACACACAAGUGCUGUGCAGUGGUGCUGCAGGAAUCUCAUUCUCGUCCUCCCAAGCAAACCACCACCGUGCCACUUCACCCACCCCCCCACGCCGAUCGAGGCCACCGUUCGGAUCGGCCAUCCAUGGUGGGCAGAAGAGCCAUGCGCUUGGCGGCGCUGCUGCUGGUGGUGGUGGCGGUGUCCGCGACGACGCUCGUGCCGGUGGUGUCCUCUGACGGCGAGCUGGCUACUACGACGUCCGCCGGCGGAAGCGGCGCCCAGCAACCGGCCGUGGCCACAGGGCAGCAGCAGCAGCAGCCGGACACGACCGUGCUGUGCGUGAGCAAGUGCGGGACGUGCCCGGCGGUAUGCUCGUCGUCGCCCCCGCCCGCGUCGUCGUCGUCCGCCGGUGACAGCACCGCGCCGCCGAAGAGUGGCAGUGGGGGCUACGGCUAUAGCUCGCCGUCGCCGCCGGCGGGGCAAAGCAAGGGAGCUGGGCGGCCCAGCAACUACUACUACCUAUACACCUCCGCGGCGGGCGGGCGCGCACGCGGCGUCGCUGGGGCGACCAGCUUCUUGCACUACGCGUCGGCGGCGCUCGCCGCGCUCGUCGCUGGCUUGCAGUGACGCGCGACAUCGACCGACCGACCCGCGGAUGUUUUGUUUGAGGGCUAUGUAUGUAUUCGCGCGCACCUGUGUAUUUCGUCAGCAAAUGUCGUAGCGUUCGACGGAUGUGUUUACUACCGCGGCAGUUUCGCGGUGUUUUGGUCGUGAUCUGAUCGUGCUCGUUGUAUCUUUUUUUUUUUAAAAUUUUUUUGAGGAAAGUGCUCGUUGUAUCU